AUGAUGAGUUCUUGUUCCGAAGCGGAGAAUGGUCAACGUAUGUUGUGCUAUCCAAGUUUGAAACAGAACACGUCACAUGCAGAGUUGCUGGGUGGCUUCGUGGAUGUAUGUGAAAGCGAUUCCGAUGAUCCCUCCGGUUUCUUGGUUGCCAAGUCUGUGUGGCGUGUGCUGAAAUGUGGAGGUUCCAGCGAUGACAGCGAUGAGGACAUUGCCGGAGAGCUUCUGCAAAGCGUAGAGGUGAACAUUGGUGGGAAGAUCCUGAACAUCAGGCCUGUCUACUGCGGGAUGAAAGGAGACUGGCCAUUCUUGCGAAAGAUCUGUAAACUCCAAAGCGGUUUCCAAGCACUUCGAAAGUGCCAUCUAUGUGAUUCCGUCGAAUGGUGGGACAUGUCUCGAUCGGGACGUUUGCGGAACUUGGCACCGGGUUACCACAACCCAUCCCCAUACAAGCGCAACAUGCAUAGCCCGGUCUUUGAUUUGGCUGGUGGAUCUUCACCUCACAGAAUCAGAACAGACCCGGUUCACACAUAUCACAUUGGCUACGGGAAAGAUGAACAUGCCAGUGUUGUCGUGCUGCUCGCCUACUUGGGACACUUUGGGGCCAGGGGUUCCAUGGACAAAAAGCUCGAAGAUGCCUUCGAACGGUUUGCGACGUGGUGCAAGAGCAACAGCAAGCACAC